AUGGUGUACGAAAGUGACUUCUAUACAACCCGCCGCCCCUACAGGCCCAGCACCAGCUAUAGCACAGUGACGACGCCGCGUCACUACGUGGUGGUGGACCGCGACCCCCUGCCGAGGCGCGCCGAGCAGCAGUACUCUUACUCGUACAACAGCACAACUGAGACCUCGCGCGACGGUAACAGGUUGCCACACCGCAGUUCUUACAACAGCACGGUGGAGCGCCGCACCGGCAGCGGCCCCGGCGGCUAUUCCUACAGCAGCGAGCGCUCCAGCAGCCUGGGCGGCCCCGGCGGCUACUCGUACUCCUCGACGUCGUCCGGCCGCCUGCCCUACGGCACCACCUACCGUUCCUAUUCGUACCGCGUGUAG